GAAAAAAACAGCCGCUUCCGUGUUGUUCUUGUGUUAUUUUGGUUAAUAACUGUCGUUAGCGGGGUCCCGGCUCGUCUGACGGUCUCGCCGGAGUGUGAUUAUCAUGGUUUUGUGAAGCUGACACACAGUUUCAGCUUUUUCUUCCACCCGAAAUGUCGCUGCUACAGAGCUCAAAGAAAAAAGACAAGCGUAUUUUGUCUGGUACCUGCCCAGACCCGAAAUGUCAGGCGAGGCUGUUCUUCCCCGCUCACGGCUCCGUUAGCAUCGAGUGCACCGAGUGUGGUCAACGCCACGAACAGAAGAACCUGCUCAACGUCGAAGAAGUGACGGAUCCAGAUGUUGUGCUUCACAAUCUGCUCAGAAACGCCCUGCUCGGCGUCACCGGGGCCCCGAAGAAAGGGACGGAGCUGGUGAAGGUAAUGGGGCUUUCUAAUUACCACUGCAAGCUCCUGUCCCCGGUGCUCACCAGGUACGGUAUGGAUAAACAAACCGGCAAAGCCAAGCUGCUGAGGGAAAUGAACCAAGGGGAGAUGUUUGACUGCUCGCUCCUGGGGGACAGAGCUUUCCUGAUUGAGCCGGACCAUGUGUCCACCAUGGGUUACGGUAAGGACCGGUCAGGGAGCCUCAUAUACCUGCAUGACACUCUGGAGGAGGUUAAGAAAGCCAAUGGUAACAGAGAGUGUCUCAUUCCGGUCCACGUGGAUGGAGACGGGCACUGCCUGGUCCACGCCGUGUCCAGAGCGCUGGUGGGCAGAGAACUGUUCUGGCAUGCCCUGAGAGAGAACCUCAAACAGAACUUCAAGCAGAACCUGGACCGCUACAAGGCCCUGUUCCAGGAUUUCAUUGACGCCGCAGAGUGGGAGGACAUCAUCAACGAGUGCGACCCCCUGUUCAUCCCACCUGAAGGCGUGCCGCUUGGACUGCGCAACAUACACAUAUUUGGUUUGGCCAACGUCCUCCACCGACCCAUAAUCCUGUUGGACUCCCUGAGCGGGAUGAGGAGCUCCGGGGAUUACUCAGCCACCUUCCUGCCCGGGCUGGUGGCCGAGGAGCAGUGCCGGGGGAAAGACGGCAAGCUCAACAAACCCAUCUGCAUCGCCUGGAGCAGCUCCGGCAGGAACCACUACAUCCCUCUGGUGGGAAUCAAGAACACGGUGCUGCCCAAGCUCCCGGCCCGCCUGCUGCCGAAGGCGUGGGGCGUCCCUCAGGAGCUCAUCAGGAAGUACAUCAAGCUGGAACCGGACGGGAGCUGCGUGAUCGGAGGCGACCGCAGCCUGCAGGAUAAAUAUCUGAUGAGGCUGGUCAACGCCAUGGAGGAGGUGUUCAUGGAGAAGCACAACAUCCACCCGUCACUGGUGGCUGACGUGCACCAGUACGUCUACAGGCGGACCGGUGUGAUCGGAAUCCAGCCCGAGGAGGUGACUGAGGCAGCCAAGAAGUCGAUGAUGGAGAACCGGCUUCACCGCUGCCUGAUCUGUGGCGCCCUCUCUGAGCUCCACGUGCCGCCGGAGUGGCUGGUUCCUGGUGGGAAGCUCUACAACUUGGCCAAGUCCACACACGGCCAGCUGCGGCCAGACAAGAAUUACAGCUUCCCCCUCAAUAAUGUGGUCUGCUCUUAUGACCCCCAGAGAGACGUCCUCAUCCCAGACUACAAACUGAGCUCCCUCAACACCUGCAACUGGUGUCACGGGACGUCGGUCCGUCACAUCCGCGGCAACGGGUCGGUGGUUUACCUGGACGGGGACAGAACCAACACCCGCUCCCAGGGGGGGAAGUGUGGAUGUGGCUUCAAGCAUUACUGGGAGGGAAAGGAAUAUGACAACCUCCCCGAGGCCUUCCCCAUCACACUGGAGUGGGGGGGUCGGGUGGUGCGAGAGACUGUGUACUGGUUCCAGUAUGAGACUGACACAGCGUUGAACAGCAAUGUGUAUGAUGUGGCUAUGAAACUGGUCACCAAGCACUUCCCGGGGGAGUUUGGCAGCGAGAUCCUGGUGCAGAAAGUGGUCAACACCAUCCUGCAUCACACCGCCAAGAAGAACCCGGACGAGUACAACCCGGUGUCCAUCGACGGGGCUCACGUCCAGCGUCUCACCGACACCGCAGACACUCAUCAGGUGGCGGACCCCCAGCCGCCCACCAAGAUCAUCCUGACUGGUCAGAAAGCAAAGACGCUCCACAAAGAGGAGCUGACGAUGAGCCGGGCAGAGCGCAGCAUCCAGCAGAGCAUCAGCGAGCAGGCCUUCGUCAGUCAGAAGCGACGGACUGACAAGCUGAAGCAGGAGCAGAAAGGACACGGCCGGGCGUCCUCCCCCAGCGGGUCUCCAGAAACCUCUUCCUCUUCUGCUCCGGCCACGCCCACCAAGUCCUCCUCCCCCUCCUCGUCCUAUAAGGAGAAGAAGAUCCGUGUGACCACCAGUGACGGCAGGCAGGCCAUGCUGACCCUGCAGGCCCACACCACCUUCUCAGAGCUGCAGAGGAGCAUUGCCAACCAAUUUGGCGUGCCGCCGGCGCAGCAGUGCAUCCGCUACGGCUUCCCGCCCAAAGAGCUGGCCCCUCCAAAGGACAGCGAGGAGAACGAGCCCGUGGCGCUGCAGCACGGUGACAGGGUAACGGUGGAGAUCCUGAAGGGCCCUGAGGACAAGAGCCCCGCGGCCUCCAUCCCUCGAGCCUCCAGCUCGCACUCCGCCCUGCACUCGGUGAAGAGUGAGGACGCCGUGACGUCCGGCAGGAUGAGCAGCCGGGAACUCCAGGACAGCAUCGACCUUGAGAUGUCCUCCCUCUGUCUCCUAGCAACCUUGAUGGGUGAGGAUGUUUGGUCGUAUGCAAAGAAGCUGCCGCACUUAUUCCAGCAGGGCGGCGUCUUCUACAACAUCGUCAAGAAAGACAUGGGCCUGAUGGACGGGAAACACUGCACGCUGCCUCACCUGACGGGGAAAACGUUUGUUUAUAACGCAGCAGAGGAGCGUCUGGAGCUCUGUGUCGACACCGCAGGUCACUUUCCUGUCGGCCCUGAUGUGGAGGAGCUGGUGAAGGAGGCGCUGGUGCAGCUGCGUUCAGAGGCAGCCACAAGGGGCAGCAGAGAGGGGAGCCCGUCACAUGGCGUGCUGCGGCUGGGUAGCGGUGGCGUGGUCCGUAAGAAGGAGCAGCUGCAGAGCGUCACCGCCUUCCAGGGUAAAGGUCACUCUCUGGGCAGUGCCGGUGGCUCCUCCCCUCCGGAGCACAGGCCUAUCACGCGCCAGCACAGCAGUGGCGUGGAUCUGAGCGCCAGCGUGUCCAGAGGCCCCCCGGACCUGUCGGACAUCCCCGAGGACACCACCAGGGAGCUGGUUCGCAUGGCACCCGGCUUUGUCACCAUGAAGGACGGGCGCGGUCUGGACCCCAGCCUGAUGGAGCAGCAGCGGAGGAAGCUGCAGGAGAUGGUCUCCUCCAUCCAGGCUUCCAUGGAACGCCACCUGAGAGAGCAGCAGAGCGCCGCUGCCGCCGCCGCAGGGGGCGGGGCCAGCCAGGAGCGGACAGGCGGGACUAAGACAGGUGCGGGCCAAUCAACAUCCACACCGAGCCACGAACCUCCAGCUGCAGCAGGCGUCUCGUCAGCUGACAAACCAGAGGGGAAGGCAGAGGAGCUGGAGGAGAUGGAGAGCCAGGACGCCGGGCAGAGCAACACCACCGAACCCAUGGAUCACUCCUGAUCACUCCAGACCCCCAGCACCGCCCCCCGCCCCGCCCUCACCCGCCUGGCCAGCAUCUGUGGGUCGUAACGCCUCAGGUCGGAUCCUAAAGCUUUUGGUCUUCAUCGUGUUUCGUUGUCUUUACUGCAUGACUCCAAAGCGGGCCGACCGUCCUCGCCUCGCCGCACACUCGGGGCGGGACAUUUACCGACAAGGCGAUAUAUUGUGACACACUGUCUGCGAUACAUCAUUGAUGCGCUCACACCACUACCACAGUUCUGUUGCAGUACUGAAGCUGUUGCUGUGUGUGUUUAAACUCUAUGCACUUUGGUACACAGCCCCUCACCACAGCUUGUGAUUGAUUCCUGCGUUUAACAGAAAUUAUUUUUCAUUUAAUGAUAUGUUUUUUUUUUAGUUGAUGAUGUAUCAUAAACGACUGUCUUACAAUAUAUCGCAGAGUCUCUAGUUUGGUGACAGACUUGUAUCUCUCGCCCUGCAGACGUCUCACCCUCUCGCUAUAAACACCCAGCGAUAUCCGAGGAGGAGAAACUACUCGUGUGUGAGACGCGUUCCUGUAGAUAGAAAAGUCCUCUGAGUCUUAAUCUGCCACCAGGGAGGAGAGUUGCUGGUCGCCAGCGGCGUAACGUCCUGCAAACAUGCUUCCAUCAACGUGCACGCUCCGAGACGUGCACCAGCCUCUGUACGCAUCAACGCCUUCAUCACCGAAAUCUGCUUUUCCACCGUCCGUCUGUCUGAGGGCCGCAGGGAGAACUCUGGAUCUGUGUUUGCUCGACUGUCUGAUGCCUUCGCAUAAAGUUUUGCGCCCCCCCCCCCCCCCCCCCCCCCCCCCCCCCCAUGGUCACAAUUUAAAUUCAACAUUUAAUCCAGCUUCAGACCGACCUGUGCCACCUAUAGGCCAGUGACAGCUGCUGCAGUUUUGACACGUGUGCCACCUGCAGGUAAAAAGUCUCACUGUGUUUUUUUUUUUCCGUUUUAUUUUUCACAUAUAAAGCCUCUAAAAUGUUGUUUUUGUUUCCGCUCCACACGGCGUAACGUCACGUGUCCACUAUCCACAGAUUGAUCGGCCGAUAAGUAACAAGCGUCAGCACUGAAAUGCCAAAGAUAUGUUUCUUUAACAACCCGACGCAUUGACAAGUUUAUUUUUACACUUUAAAAUAACCUUUAAAUUACAUUGUAUGGCCACAGCCCUUUUUAAAAAGACAGCAGGUCAGACUCUAGUUUGUUACACAGAUGCCAAACAGAAAUGAUUAAUGUAGCUUGACUUAGUUUGAUUUCUUACUCUGAAUACUAGAGCUGUAAACUUUGGUUUUAUUAAAAUCCAUAAUGUGUAUAAGUAGAGCAGUAGACUCAGAUGACUGAUAAUUAAUAUGAUCAACAUUUGUCUGAUGGUCAAGUGCCUGGAAAAUCUUCAUUUUGAAGCCCAAUUCAGCCAUAAGCUGAAAUGUGCUUAAAUUAGAGUAUUUAAUAUCCUGUAGAGGUUAGUGUUACACAGUGACGUUCCUGUUGAUUGUGUAAAAACCACAAACACUCUGAGAAACACCCUCCUUACCUGCAUGUGGCACUAUUUUCAACUUGCAGCGCCUGUCUUUAAAUUUAAACAGCUCAGCAUUUUGUCAAAAUAAAGCAUUUUUUUAGGAAACAAACUAUAAGAAUUUGGAAGAAAAUGUGUUGCACAGUGAAAGGUUGCUGAGCAGAAGUGACUUAUGGUCUGUAAAGGUCUUGCAGGUGUGUUGAACUGGUCUGAUAAUGAGUAAACGGCCCCCUCGUGUGGAGAAACUCUCAAAGUUAUAAAGCUGAUGAAUGCAGCGCUUCACAUCGUUAAGCAAAAAAAUUUGUCGACUAAUUAGUCAUUAAACUCCUGGUUUACUAAAUACCCAAAUAUCAAAGUGCUGAUGAUUUCCUUAAUUAAAGACAACCCAUCAUUUAUUUCACUGUUUUUACAAAAGUAACAUUUUUACCUUUAAAUGUAAGUAAAACAUUUAAAGGUAGGCAGGAGAAUGAUGAUGAUGAUCAUGGUGAUGAUGAAGAACUUAUUUUCUUUUUCUUUGCUCUUAAUGUAUGGUCACGUUGCCCCUCCCCCACCCUGCUCUCAGCCCUGAAACAGGAAGUGAUGUCAUGGUUAUGACGAUCAGAGCGAUCACAAACUGUAAGUCAGUUUGUUGUUGUGCUAAAUAUGUUGACAAAAAACGCUAGAAUAAAAACAUUAAUCUCCAUGCGUAUCAAAGUCCCUCAUGCGGGCUUGAACAAAAGUGAACAGGAGGCUGAGCAGAGGAGGUGUCAUGUGACCAUUCACUGGCUCAGUCGUUGCUUUAUGUUUGAAACCUCCUAUUUUAAAAAGCAGAAUACGACCAAAGAUAAACCAGGUUCAAGUUUUCAGUCCAGUUCAAAAAAACAGUUUUUGGAUCUGAUAUUUGGUAAAGGAAACUCCCCCACAGGCCUUUGUGUUUCUGUCCUAUGCAAAAUCUUCACUGGACUUCCAAAAAAACAAUGAUCUCAGUUUGGAGUUUAUGAGAUCCACCAGCUGAAGCUGAAGGUGACGCUGAAGCUGACGCUGAAGCUGACGCUAAAGCUGAAGCUGAUGCUGAAGGUGACGCUGAAGCUGAAGGUGACGCUGAAGCUAAAGGUGACGCUGAAGGUGACGCUGAAGCUGAAGGUGACGCUGAAGCUAAAGGUGACGCUGAAGCUGAUGCUAAAGCUGAAGCUGAUGCUGAAGGUGACGCUGAAGCUAAAGGUGACGCUGAAGGUGACGCUGAAGCUGACACUGAAGCUGAAGCUGAAGCCAACAGAUCCAACAGUCCUGCAGUAAAUCCUGCUCCAUGACGGAUCCAGCUAUAUGCUCAUUCUAGAGGAUGGAGUUUUAGGAUUAGGAUUUAUUCCAGGGCAGUUGUAUUAAAAUGAUGAUGAAUGAUCCCUCAUAAACUGCUAAUUGAGUGUGUAUACAUAUGAGAAUUGUACCUUCCUGUUGGCUUUGACUCACCACUGGGCGGCACUACUGCAGAGGGUAGUGUGUUAAAUUUCCACAGGAAACGUCUCCUGUUCUGGUGGCAUUGAAAACAGAUUAUUUUUACUUUUUGUUGUAUUUUAUUUUAUUUUCUCUAAAGUUCUGCAGCCAAAGUAUGGAGUCAUAGGAGUGCUAUAAAAAAAAUAUGAAACAGAAUAAGAAAAUAAAUUUGGAAACAGGAGUAAAUAAAUAAUAAUAGAUAAUAUAAAUAAAUAUAGUAAAUACAUAAGAAAUGAAUUAAAAAUGUGGCAAUAUAAACAGAAAUAAAUAAAGCUUCAAGGGAAAGCAAAGGCAACAAGUGAAAAGCAUUUUUUUGUCUUUUAUUUAUUUCUCUUUAUAUUUCCACCUUUUUUAUUGACUUAUUUAUUCUUUUAUUUAUCUCUGCUUUUAUUUCCACAUUUAUUUUCUUCUUUUUUUUUUUUUUUAUAGAUUUAUUCUUUUUUUAGCACUCCUAUGAUUCCAUAUCCUCCACAGAAAACGUUCAUCACUGCAACGAGACGAGCGAACAAACAAACAGCUGCCGUCUUCAUGAGCGUCUGAUCACAGUUUGAAAGGUUCUCAUGUUCUCCUCAUGAAACAUCAGUUUUAAAACGGCUUCCCUCCGUUUGUGCCUCUUCUCAUUUUGAGUUUUUAUUCAGAUUUUAGACAUUUUUCACACCUCUUCUCAUGAAGCUCUCCUGGUUUGGGUGUUUUAGUUCCAGUGCAGUGAAAUCUUCGUUUCUGCAGCACACGAUAAAAUUUAAGAGAAUAAAUUGAUGCUGUUACAACACGACAACCAACCAACCGGCACACUGACUGUGAGCCAGACCUGAUCCCCAGCAGCAGUGCUGGACCUCACUGAGGCUCUGGUGUCUGAAUGAGAGUAAAAUCUCUGCAGCAGGUUCAACAUCAGGAGGAAAGACUGAAGCCAGGAGAGUGGAGGCUGUUAGAGCAGCAGGUUCAUGAAGUGGUUUCACUUUCACAACUGGCUGAAACGCAGUGUAUGUUUCCUCAGGUGUUCAGAGAUGUAGAAACUUCAUGUAUUUCACUUUUCCUGUGUAAAAAAAAAAAAGCUUGUUGCUUCUUAAAGGGCAGCAGCAUGAGAGAGUUUUGCCCUCAUUAAUACACUUUGGUUUUACUACACAACUUCAGUGUUGUGAUGAUUUGAAUUCUGAUUUCUACCUGCUAAGGAUUUGUCAACCAAUCUCUGCAAACUGUGCAUUUUAUUACAUUAGGAAAAGUGCAACAGUUCAAGCCCAGGUUGGCUCUUUUGGGCUGGAAUUGUUCUUUCUUUCCUAAAUGUAAUAAAGCAGAAACAGUGUUGCAUGUUUCUGGGAGGCAAUUGGACGGUUAAAGUUGUUUCAAUUCAGCACCACUAGAAAUGACAAGAAAUAGCAGCUUAUAUCUAUGAUUCAUCAAAGUAAAAGUCCCACAUUUUAAAAUGAGGAUGUAAUAAGAGGCCGGACAGUUUUAGAGCUGCUGCUUUGGAAAUCAGUGUUGUGUGAUUCAUGAGGAGGCCAUGAUUCUUCAGGUACCUUCUGAAGUUGUGAUUAGUUGCUCAUAAAGACCUCUGCAUUUUUUCUUACAGCGUAGUUUGUGGUUUUUCCCUCCACACUUGAUCAUGUCUCAGUCUCGAUCCAGAGCAGGGCGUCACGUGAACCACAGCGACGUUCAGCUUCCAGAGGCCUGAACCCUAAAACUCGUUUAAAGGAAUAGUCUGACAUGUUGGGAAAUACGCUGGCUGGAGACUUCCAUUGUCUGGUUGAGCUCAGGAAUUAGCAGCAACAUCUUGUUUGUUUAAUCGGGACAAGUUGUGAAUUUACGGGGUGGGGGGGGUUUCUGCCACACUGUAGACUUCAUGCUAAACUAAGUCGUUCUGUGCUAAAGAGACAAGAGAGUGGUAUCAAUCUGAACAUCUAAUCCUCAGCAAGAAAGUGAAUGAACUGUUCCUUUAAAAUGGCGAGACUGAAAGUCAGUUUACACUUUUGUUGCCAACAAAAGGUUUUUCCACAUCUGCAUGUUCUUGAAAUGACAUGGUGUUGAUGGAGCAACCGAUCGUCAGGCCUUAAAAUCACUUUGUUUUACACUGAGGUUCUUUCUGUUUUACUUUUAACUGUGUCAGUUUUACCUCAAUCAAACUCCAUUUAUUUAAACUUAAAUCCUCAUGUUUGACUUUCAAAAUCUCCUUGACCUAUUUCGUUUUCUGGUUUUUGGCAAAAAAAAAAAAAUUCUCAAUCUCAGUCUCAACAUGUGAUUCACAAUCCUUCUGUUUUUCAUUGCUCUGAGGUUUAUUUUUGCUGUUGAGGCGAACAAAUGUAAGACUUAGCACUUUGUUGGAGAAGAAGAGGGAAUGUUAGCGUAGCAGAUUCACAUUAGCUGAACAUAUGUCAGUCAGAGAGGAAACCGGUCGGCGGAACAAAUCAGAAAGAAGAGAAGUUUGCUCAGACGACGCUGCUGUAACAGACUUGAAGUUUUUCUUUGUGACUGCUGUACUAAUGACAUGAAAUGUAAUCCAGUUGUAUAAUAGUAUAUAUUGUAGAAUAUUUGGACCUGUACAGAAACUAUAGAAACACAGAUUGUUCAGUUCCUUCAGCUCUUUUUUUUUUUGUUAAUUUCUCUCUGGUUUGCUAAUAAAAUAUUGAUGAUACACGGCUUCGACAUCGCUGUUUGCAUGUGUGAUGAAUUUUCAACCGCAACAAUAAAAUCACUUCCUUCA